AUGUCGCAGACUGACAAGUGCAUGUCGCCGACUGACAAGUGCAUGUCGCCGACUGACAAGUGGAUGUCGCAGACUGACAAGUGGAUGUCGCAGACUGACAAGUGGAUGUCGCAGACUGACACGUGCAUGUCGCAGACUGACACGUGCAUGUCACAGACUGACACGUGCAUGUCGCAGACUGACACGUGCAUGUCGCAGACUGACACGUGCAUGUCGCAGACUGACACGUGCAUGUCGCAGACUGCCACGUGCAUGUCGCAGACAGACACGUGCAUGUCGCAGACUGACAUGUGCAUACUGCAGACUGACACGUGCAUGUCGCAGACUGACGCCUGCAUGUCGCAGACUGACACAUGCAUGUCGCAGACUGACACGUGCAUGUUACAGACUGACAAGUGCACGUUGCAGACUGACAAGUGCACGUCGCAGACUGACACGGGCAUGUCGCAGACGGGCAUGUGCAUGUUGCAGACUGACACGUGCAUGUCACAGACUGACACAUGCAUGUCGCAGACUGACACCUGCAUAUUGCAGACUGACAUGUGCAUGUCAAACACUGACACGUGCAUGUCAAAGACUGACAUGUGCAUGUCACAGAUUGACACGUGCAUGUCGCAGACUGACACGUGCAUGUCGCAGACUGACACGUGCAUGUCACAGACUGACAAGUGCAUGUUUCCGACUGACACAUGA